CGUAAUAGGCACGCGCCUUCAGAUUCAGGCAGCCACUGGCACGGCGUUUGCGCAGGAGGAGUUGGUUGCCGCUGCAGCCGCCUGGAAUUGUGGGGAUUGUGUCUGCCCCUAGGCUGCGGUGGAAAGCCGAAGGUCCUGGUUAUGGCUCCUCAGCACCUGCCUUCAACUAGGAUGGCCCCUCGAGGAAUGCUGCUGGGGCUGCUGUUGGCUUCCUGCUUAACUUUCUGCCUCAGUUGUCAGAACUCAAAUAAUUUUGCACUCACCAACCCAGAGAAGAGUACCCACGAGGACUCAGAUACAAAGGAAACCAGAAGAGAGGAGGAGCUGGAUGCCGAAGUCCUAGAGGUGUUAAACCCAACCCAAGAGUGGCAGGCUCUUCAACCAGGUCAGGCUGUUCCUGCAGGAUCCCAUGUGCGAAUGAACCUACAGACUGGAGUAAACGAGGUGAAACUCCAACAAGAAGACAAAUUCCAAAGUAAUUGGAAAGGAUUUAAAAGAGGCAGAAGGCUGGACAUCAACACCAACACAUACACUUCUCAGGACCUCAAGAGUGCACUGGCCAAGUUCAAGGAGGGGACAGAGAUGGAGAAUUCAAAGGAUGAACUGGCAAGACAGGCCACCGUAAAGCAGCUCUUCCGCCCCAUCGAGGAGCUGAAGAAGGAAUUUGAUGAGCUGAAUGUUGUUCUUGAGACCGACAUGCAGAUUAUGGUUCGGCUGAUAAACAAGUUCAACAGCUCCAGCUCUAGCCUAGAAGAGAAGGUUGCUGCACUCUUUGAUCUUGAGUACUAUGUCCAUCAGAUGGAUAACGCACAGGACCUGCUGUCCUUUGGUGGCCUUCAAGUGGUGAUCAAUGGGCUCAACAGCACAGAACCCCUGGUGAAGGAGUAUGCUGCUUUCGUGCUGGGGGCCGCCUUCUCCAGGUGAGCAGCAUGGAUGGGU